GGGCGCGCGCGCUCGGCUGGGGCGCGCCAGCCAUGGAGCCGGCGCAGCCCCAGAGGCCGCACUGCGAGGCGCAGCAGCUGCUCGAGGGCGGCUGCGGCGGCGCGGCGCCCAGCUGGAGCAGCGGCCCCGAGGCCUCGACCGCCGCAGCCGCGAGGGCGCCCAGUGGCUUCGCUGUGCCCCGGCCUGCACCGUGGCGCUGCGCCCGCGGCGGGAACCUGAGGUGCGGCCUCUGCGGGCGGAGCCGGUGACCUCGGCGGGAUCGCGCCAGGAGGGCGCGAAGCUCGUAGAGACGGCCAAGGGCGGCGGGAUGCUGGAAGCGAAGGACGACGUCGAGAUCCUGGAGGAUUUCGAUUUCUCGGGCCCCAUCGUGAUCGUCGAUCCGUCCGAGGUAGACCAGGAGAUCAUGGGCUUCGGUGGUGCGUUCACGGAGGUGGCCGCGGUCAUUUUCGACAAUCUCAGCCCAGAGCGCUAGGAGGAGCUGCUCGACAGGUACUUCGUCGAGGGCAGCAUCGGCUACAGCAGCGGCCGGGUGCACAUCAACAGCUGCGACUUCUCGGAAGACAGCUACAGCUUCGACGACGAGGAGGACGAUUGGGACCUUGUGCACUUCGACGACGGCGUGGAGCACGACACGAAGUCGCUGAUCCCGCUCAUCAAGCGCGCGGCACAGAAGGUGGACGCCCAAGGCCGAGAGCUUCGGCCGCUGGCGUCGCCCUGGAGCCCCCCGGCCUGGAUGAAGACCAACGGCCAGAUGGGCACGUCGGACUUCCAAACGGGCUGAUGGGAGAGUGCUCCGCCGUCUGGGCCAAGUACAUAUCCAGGUGGAUCUCCGCAUACAAGAGCCACCAGAUCAACCUCAGGUGGCUGACGGUGCAGAACGAGCCGAUGAACGCCCCUGGCUGGGAGGGCUGUGCCUUUUGCCCGAGGACGAGGCGCCGAAUUCUAAGCUGGCCCCGCCACCACCACACCUUCUUCCCUCCGCCCGUCGCCCCGCCCCCCCCUCCUGCGAUCGGCCUGGCCGGCCGUGGUAACGCUUUUUUUAAUUCGCAAUGCAGCGUACAUAGCAGCUAAUGACCUCCAACCAGAGAGAGCUAGUCACGUGUACUUCGUAGACGAAUGAGCCAGUAUUGCACAUUGAGGCCGGAACGACAACCACAGAACAAUAAUGAGCAUGUAUCGUC